GAACAAUCGUUUUGCUACCAGACCCCGGCGACAGCAUUCUUGCCCUACACAAUCCCCUCAUGCUUCGCUUCAACGGUCGAACCGCCACAGUGAUUGCCUACCCGACAUAACUUUUGCCGGAGAUGGCGAGCAUCGAUCGCUACAGGCCCCCCCGCGAGGGCUACCAGCCGCCUACCCUACCCGCCGGCGGAAACCGCCAUGAGCGGCCAUCGCGAUCGCCGCCUCGCCCGCGAGAAGUCCCGCCCGCCGCUCCCACUCCGCCGCAACACAGCUCCCGUACUUCGCCUCCGCGCUCGAGCGCACUGUCCGGUCCACAGUCGCCCGCGCAGUCAGGUCGACAGACGCCCCUCACCGGGGUGAACCAGUGGUCGUUCUCCUGGGACGAGGUGCACAGCACUCCGAGCAUCGUCGAUGGAAUAGCGCCCACUGAGGAGAGGCUCCGGCGGGCCAAGGGCGUCAAUUUUAUCUACCAGGCGGGCGUCAUGCUGGACCUGCCGCAAAUCACACUGUGGGUAGCGAGCGUCUUCUUCCACCGCUUCUUCAUGCGCUUUAGCAUGGUCGAAGAGAAGGGUGGCAUUCAUCAUUACAACAUUGCUGCUACGGCGCUGUUUCUCGCCAACAAGGUGGAGGAGAACUGUCGCAAGACCAAGGACAUCAUCAUCGCCGUUGCCAAGGUCGCCCAGAAGAACACCAAGCUCAUCAUCGACGAACAGAGCAAAGAGUAUUGGCGAUGGAGAGAUAGCAUACUCACGUACGAGGAGAUUAUGCUCGAGCAGCUCACCUUUGACCUCAUGGUCGACAACCCCUACAGAAACCUCUUCGAGCUGCUAGGACAGCUAGACAUUGUUCACAACAAAACUUUGAGGCAAUCAGCCUGGGCUUUCUGUAACGACGCCGGCCUGACCGCACUGCCUCUGCUCAUCGAGGCAAGAGACGUGGCCAUUUGCGCAAUCUUCUUCGCCAGCAUUCACGCCAAGGAGCAGAUUGACGACAUCAACGGGGAGCCGUGGUGGAAGUAUUUGAACGUCAACGAGACCCGCUGCGCAAGAUCGAUUGAGGUGAUGAGGCAGUUUUACACCGAGAAUCCGCUUAGAAAGCAGAACCCGUCGCUGCCGUCACCCGCCUUUGAUCUUGAGGUCACGAGACGACGCGCCGACACACUCCUGAGUCAGCCCGAGACGCUGUCAUCAGCGGGCACGCCCAUGGACAUGGAUCGAGCCAGCCGCAGCCCGAUGGCCAAGACCAAUGGUGGCACUGAUCGAGGCUCCGACAACAGAGACAGAGGGUUGGAGCCUGGAUCCCAGCCGCGGCUGGCAGGCAGUGACUACGCCCCCAGAUCACCCGCCAAGAGAAAAGAGCCUGACGUGGAGUCUGGUGGUGAAAACGAUCGGGCUGAGAAGCGUGCACGUGUCUCUGAGGACGAGGGCGAGCUGGUCGAGGACUGAAGAAAUGACCCGGCGAUUCAGGAAGGACUGUGCACAUGACGAAACGGCUAGGCGUUAAAAGGUGUUUUGCUCUGCGGUCGGCUUCCUUUUGAGUCGCCAAUCCUUUGUCGAAAGGAGCAAGCACAAGGCAGACCGUGGUCUUUUUUUUUUUUGGCAUGGUAGCGUCGCGAACGCAAUGGCGUCCGGGGCCAGGGUUUCAUGAGGGCCAAACGACGUAGCUGCCUUUGUAUAUCAGGAAGGCGAGAACGCGUUGGAACCAGCGAUGGUCCGUCAGCAUGAAAAUGCAUGACGAAUUUCAAUAACCAUGAUUUACGGCCCUUGUCGUGCUGCCCCUGCUUGCCCCAAGUCCUCCUGUCCCAAGCUGCCAUGGUCUCGUAAUGCAGCCCUUUGUACGAG